AUGCUAGCCUCCAGCCACGAAGACUGGCAGACGAGAGCUUUUGGCUACGACUCCUGGCUCAAGCGAUCGCGAGGACGUCCCCUCUCAUUAAAACUCGAGUGUGGCAAUGACUGGAGCGAGCUGCAGAGCCUGCUCCAGCCAUACGUUCAGCAAGUCUCCACUUCCAGGCACUCAAGGGACCUGACUGUCCGCAAAUACAUGUCUGGUGAUUAUUCACGAGCUAUCAACCCCUCUCUCUCAAAAUUACCGGUUAAUCUGCGCACGAUUAACAUGAGGAACGUGUGGUUCAACCGCCAGCAAUUAGAUUCCUUCGCUGAUUCCGGAUGGGACCGUCUCACACAUCUCGAGAUCAGCGUAGAUGGACGACACGCGGGCGCCCGCAUACUCAGUCUAUGUCCUAAUCUCUCUUCGCUGAAGAUGACUGGAUUAUUUAACCCGGGUCAGACUGCAGAACCAGUCAAGCACACAAACCUUCAAUCCUUGGUCCUAUCUUGGACCGUAAUUCGGAACUUCACCGGAGAUCCUGGCCUAUUCCAGGUUAUGACACUCCCGAAGCUGCGCAUGCUUGGAGUUAGCCAUAGGGGGCCGUGGCCACAUGAAUCUUUCAUGGAAUUCUUGACGCGGUCAAAAUGUUCCUUGGAAAGGCUAGUUUUCGACAGUCAGGUGUGGACAACAGAAGAGGAACAUGCGAAUAUGCUACCCUUUUUCCUUCCUUCGAAAUUAUUGAGAUCCCGAUGCAGUUUUGAUGUAGAUGUAAAAUAGGCUAUUUUCUUUUGUUUGCAUAGAUGUCGUUGGCUACCUAUUCCAUGAAAUGAUGAUAUUGGUUUUUGGACAUCCCAGCAUCUGCAGAAGGCACCGGUACCGUGGCUGCUCCGAUUCCUGGACCAAAUUUGACUUCACUGCCAGCUUCCGAGAGUCU